UGCAGCCAAGUCUACUUGACUAUUCUGCUGUCGUUUUCUCUCCAGAACUUUCUGCUAUUCUCUUUGCAUGAAGGGUAGCAUUCAGUAAUGCUCUCCAUUUGGGACCGACUGCCACUUAACUUACCUUCUCGUUUUGCACCGUACUUUCCGAAACCAUUAUGACAUGAGCACCGAGUCACUAUCUAUCAGCUGUUUGCUCGUAAACGCAUCACCUAGCACUCACUUCGGAGAGUGCAUUAUCACUCUUACGGCCCUGUAUUUACUCAUAACCGACAAUUUUUCUUUCGCUUAAACCACGUGCACCUUAUCUUCCUUCCACUUUCAUCCAGCGCUUCUUACUACCUGUUACAUUUCUGAGACAGUUUUGUUGGCUACGACUUCUUAGAAACUUUCUCUGUUUUAGUCAUGGAGGCUAUCGCUCUCCAUACUUUCAAGCCUACCGAACAAGAUGAACUCGGAUUCGAAAAAGGCAGCACAUUACGUGUGAUUGAAAUGGAGGAAGAUCCGAACUGGUAUAAGGCAAGACAAGGCCAACGAGAAGGAAUGGUCCCUGCAAAUUACAUUUCACUGCAUCCGCAUCCCUGGUACAUUCCAAAGUGUAGUCGCAAGGAAGCAGAGGCUCGUCUCCUCGAAGUCGACCCCGAAACCAACCUAGACGUGCAACCUGACGGAGCGUUUAUUCUUCGACAAAGUGAAAACGAAUUCGGACAGUUUAGUAUUUCAGUGAAGUAG